AUGACCCUGUGGGAUGGAGUCCUGCCCUUCUACCCGCAGCCGCGCCACCCGGCCGGUGUCCCCGUGUCCCUGCUCGUGGUCAUCAUCGUGUUUCUGGCCUUGGGUACCAGCAUCCUGCUCAUCCUUCCAGGCGUCCGAGGACGCGCGCGCUGGUUCUGGUUGGUGCGGAUCCUCCUCAGCCUGUUCAUCGGCGCCGAGAUUGUAGCGGUGAAUUUCAGCGCGGAGUGGGCCGUGGGCCGGGUCAGCGCCAACACUACGUACAAGGCGUUCAGUACAGCACGGGUGAGCGUGGACGUCGGGCUGCAGGUCGGACUGGGAGGCGUCAACAUCACCCUGAAAGGGACCCCCGUGCACCAGCUGAACGAGACCAUCGACUACAACGAGCGGUUCGACUGGAGUUUCGGGGAGAACUACGAGGAGGCCUACGAGGCCGGGCUGGAGAAGGGGCUGCCGGACCCGGUGCUCUACCUGGCCGAGAAGUUCUCGCCGCCCAGCCCCUGUGGCCUGCACCGACAAUACCGCCUGGCCGGACACUACGCCUCGGCCACCCUCUGGGUGGCAUUCUGCUUCUGGCUCCUGUCCAAUGUGCUGCUGGCCAUGCCGGCCCCCCACUACGGCGGCUUCACCUUGCUGGGGGCGGCCACCUUCCUCAUCUUCGCCAUCCUCGCCUUCGUCUCGGCCUCGGCCACCUGCCCGCUGCGCCUGGGCCCCGCCGCCCUCACCACCGGCUACGGGGUCGCCUUCUGGGUCACGCUGGCCACCGGGCUCCUGUGCUUCCUGCUGGGAGGAGCCGUGUUGGGUCUCCACUGGGCACAACCUCGCACCCUGCGCACCUUACUGGACCUGAGCAGCGAGGACCAAGGGGGGGAGGCCGAGGCGCCGCUGCCCCGCACCUACAGCAACCCGCUCUUCGUGCCCGACCGGACGGGCGGCGGUGGGGCCGCCACUCCCGACAUACGGCUCGACGUGCGCCUGUAG